GGCAACUUUCACACUGCAAAUUAAUAAUUUUCUAAUAACACUUCACACGUGAAUUAUUCCAUUUUGCCAUUUUGCCAUUUUGCUUCAUCAAAUCUUCCUCUUCUCUCUCUCUCUCCCUCUCGAAAUGCUUCAAUUGUAUAUAUACAUUUCCAUUUUCUUUCUCUCUCUGGACCCCUCUCUCUCAUCUAUAAACAAAUAUACGGAGAAGGCAGCCCCUCAUCAUAAGGUCACCACAAAUUCGGCGAAUAUGUGGACGCUUGAAUCGGUAAGAGAGAGUCUGAUCCGACAAGAGGAUACCAUCAUUUUCAGUCUCAUAGAGAGAGCUAAAUACCCAACUAAUUCUCCCGCAUACCACCAACGUUCGGACGGAAUUUCGGGUUCUUUGGUUGAAUACAUUGUUAAGCAAACAGAGGCUCUUCAAGCCAAGGUUGGUAGAUAUGAAAGCCCAGAAGAAAAUCCCUUCUUCCCAGAUAAUUUACCACCUUCGCUGCUUCCGCCUCACAACUAUCCACAUUUUUUGCAUCCCGCAGGAGCUUCAGUUAACAUAAAUAAGACGAUAUGGGAUAUGUAUUUCAAGCAACUGCUUCCACUCUUUGCUGCCGAGGGCGAUGAUGGCAACUAUGUGCCCACUGCAGCUUCUGAUCUCCAGUGUUUGCAGGCCCUCUCUAGAAGGAUUCAUUAUGGAAAAUUUGUAGCUGAGGUUAAAUUCAAGGAUGCUCCACAAGACUAUAGCCCUGCAAUUCGUGCUCAGGACAGAGAUGCUCUAAUGAAACUGUUGACGUUCACGAAUGUUGAAGAGAUGGUGAAGAGGAGAGUUAAGAAGAAAGCCAUGGUGUUUGGGCAAGAAGUUACCCUGGACCACAAUGUCACCGACAACAAUAACAAUGGGAAGUACAAGGUUGAUCCAUCCGUAGUUUGUCGCCUCUAUGAAGAAUGGGUGAUGCCUCUCACCAAGCUUGUUCAAGUUGAGUAUCUUCUCCGUCGCCUUGAUUGAAAACUUUUGAGCUGUUUGUAUUGACAGUUGACACAGUACUGAGAGGUUUCUUCAGAUGGAAAUUCAUGCAAUGUACAACAAUAGAUCUUGUGAUUCUUGAUAUUUUUAAAUUUAGAAUAAUUUUUUUUUAAGCUA